AUGGUAAAUUUACAUCUUUUGAAUCAAGCUGCCGCCAAAAUGGCAGUAGCUGAAAAUCGCAGUAAUAGUAUUCAAAAUUCUCACAAUGCCACAACAUCUUCUUCUAAUUCUUAUAUCAAUUCGAAUGACAAUCCUAACAAAUUGCAAAUGUUUUUGAAAAAGCAGGAUCAACAGGCUCGUAUUAGUAACUCAAAUAUAAGCUCAAAUUUUCAUAUUAUAACUCAGUAUAUUUUACAAUCCUACUUCAAAGUUCAGGUCAAUCAACUAUCAUCUUUAAAAAUUGCGGAUUUAAUUGUUGAUCAAACAUAUCCAGAUUCGAUUACUUUGCGAAAACUAAACGAAAACACUUCAAUUACACCAUACGUGUAUUUUAAUACAAUUUCCAGAGAUGAAGAUAUUACGAGAUGCCCUAUAUUUGCAUUAGCAAUUUACUUCGUAAUACGAUGGAGUCAUCCUAAUCCACCUAUUUCAGUCGAGAAUUUUGACAAUAUAUCGUUGUUAGAUUUCAAUUUUAUUAACCAUUCAAAUGCCAACAUUGCUGAAUUCAACGACAUGAGUAUGAACGAUCGAAAAAUUUCGAGAUCACAAAAUUUUUUACCGAGUGAUGAUUUAAUAAGUUUAGUUUUUCCCUGGCUUUCGCCAUUGAAACAAGAUAUGUUAUUAAUCGAUAGAACAAAUUAUAAGCUAAAUUCAUUUGUUGAACUAUUUGAAUUUCUGGCAAGAACAAUGAUACAGGAUUUGAAAUUUCUAAACCAGAAACCAGAUUUACUGCCUAAUAUAGUGUCAUUUGUGGCGAAAUUCAUCCCUGACUUGUUUAGAAAUGAACAGUUCAAAUUUACAAAAAUCGAUUUAACUACUUCAACAAGUGAUUAUAAAUCGAAUACUGGCGAUAAUGACUAUAGAGACGAUAAUGCACAUUUUCUAGAACUUUCUAAAAGGCUGACUACAGAGAAUAUUCGAUUAAGUCAACAGAUCACACAAUUAAAAUCCGAUCUAUACAAUGUCCAUUCGAUGUGUGAUCAGAUUUUGCAAUUACAAAAACAGUUGAUGCCCGGUUCUUACGAUUAUGCGCUGGAUAAUUCUCGUAAUGGCGCAGCCGAUACUGACAGUAAUAGCAAUAAUGGUGGGAUAAUAAUCCUGGACAAAAACUCUUUAAAUCCUUCAAUGUUGAGUAAUUUGGUGCAGUCUAUAGAGGACACGAGGCACCAAUCCGCACAAUUACAACAACCACAACAACCACAAGUUCAGCAGGCUGAUACUCCUUCUUUAGCUCCAAUCAAUGCAUUUUCUUCCUUCAACAAUUCCAUGCCGUCAAUCUAUACUCCGCAACAACAGCAGCUACAACCGCAACAACGACCACAUCAACAACAACAGUCGCAACAACAACACGAUAUGAAGAGGAAGCUACCAUUGCCAACAACGGCUACACCUGGAACAGUUCCGUUUUCACCUUCUCCAGGAUCGCCCUCUGUUGGGACACUUGCCAGUGUUGAUGCAAUGUACUCCAAGCGGUUCAGAUACGAUGAUAAGCCCACGGCCUCUCAAACAGCAUUAGAUAGCUUACUGUCUAAAUCAAUUGGAAGUCCCAGGUACUCCACUUUACAGCAAAAUCAAGCAGCAGGGGCUAAUCCAACCUCCUAUAGCUCUCAAAGAAUAGCUUCACGUUUCGCAAGUCCGGCAAAUUUCCCUGUUCCAGGAACACCUUCAGCAGUGGUUAACUCACCAGACCCUUCCAAUCAACUGGUUUCUUAUGUUCCGAGAGCGCAGCCACAAGAGAGCGAGCAGCAAGCUAGCUCAACACUAAUAGAUAAUUCUUUGAUUGAUGAUACCACAGGAAUUUUGGACAAGACUGAUGAGACCAAUCAAAUUGACAACUCCUCCAGGAAACUGGCCCAACCAGGACCAACAGAACAGCCAAUAAAUGAAAAAAGCUCACUAGAAGCAAAUUAUGAUGCGAAUGAUAAUAAAACAUCAAGAAAAAAAGGAUCUUCUUCAGAUUCAAACGAUGAAAAGUCCCCUAGAUCGACGACUAAUGAGAAAGAGACCGGCUCAUCAUCGAAAAAGAUGUCACAAAGUGGCGAAAAAGUUGGACCAAAUAGGCACAUCAAGUAUAAACUCUCUAGAGAAAAUAAAACAAUUUGGGAUCUAUAUACUGAAUGGUAUGUUGGUUUAAACGGCAAGCCCUCAAUAAAAAACCUGAUAGAAAACUACGGUUGGAGAAGAUGGAAAGUAAGUGAUGAUUCACAUUUUUUUCCCACAAGAAGAAUCAUAAUGGAUUAUAUCGAAACGGAAUGCGAUCGCGGAAUUAAGUUGGGUAGGUUUACCAACCCUGAUCAACCAAGAGAAGAUAUACGAAAGAUUCUUGUUGGGGAUUUAGAGAAGUUUCGCAUAAAUAACGGCCUAACACUCAAUUCACUUUCAAUGUAUUUUAAAAAUUUAACCAAAGAAAAUAAAGAAAUCUGCAUAUUUGAAAACUUCGAAAACUGGACAGUUCGAGGCAUGUCCGAAGAGGAUAAGACCAAUUAUUGUAAAAGACAACAUAUAAAAGAAAAUUAA